GGUAACUCGUGAAGGCUGCUUCGGUAGAAGAGACAUGAGAAGCAGGGAAUGCCUGUCCAACCUAUUUGCAUCCUGCAUCGAGGCCAACUCCAUAGCUCAGCUCCACUCCCUCCUCCUGCGCUCCGGUCUUCUCGCCGCCGCAGACUGCUUCUUCGCCACCCGUCUCGCCUCUGCGUACUCGAAACUCCGUCACGUCCAAGACGCCCGCAAGAUUUUCGACGAAAUCCCUCAUCCAAACACUUUCCUAUACAAUGCCGUGCUGCGAGCCCACCUCGGUGCUCGUCAGUUGCCACAGACGCUCCACCUCUUCCGCCGCAUGACCGCGGUGACGUCCUUGUCUGACCGACCCGACAACUUCACGUUGUCUAUUGUGCUCAGAGCGUGUGCCGGACUUUCAGCACUCCGGCAUGGCCAAGCCAUCCAUGGCCUCGUGGUCAAGAUGCAACAGGCCUGCUCUGAUUUGUUCGUCGGUUCAUCUCUUGUGGAGAUGUAUUCCAGGUGUGGGGAGAUGGGCGACGCUGUAGCAGUGUUAGACGGGUUUCCUGAUCCGGACGUCGUGCUUCGGACUUCAGUGAUCACCGGAUAUCAGCAGAAUGGCAACGCUGAAGAGGCUGUAUCGUUCUUUUCCAGGAUGCUGGUGGGAGAAGGUGUGGCUCCUGUUCCUGUCACCCUGAUCAGCGUGGUUUCUGCAAUCGGGCAAUUGGGGGAUCUUCGGUCGGGGAAAUCUUGCCAUGGGUUUUUGGUUCGAAUGGGCUUCCAAUUUGCCUUGUCGCUGGCGAAUUCCGUCUUGAACAUGUACUCAAAGUUGGGCGAGAUUAGAAUGACGAGGAAGCUGUUCGACAUGAUGCCCGAGAGAGAUGUCAUCACAUGGAGUUGUAUGAUUUCAUGUUAUUCUCAAAACGGGAAUGCCGUGGAAGCUCUGGAUGUUUACAAGAGGAUGAUCGAGGUAGGAGUAGAACCCAAUUCCAUCACUUUGGUUAGCGUGCUACGAGCGUGCACGCUGGCUCUCGAUCUUGGUGAAGGAAGAAAGGUUCAUGAGUAUGCAAUUCAAAGAGGAUACGACUCAGAGCUGGUUGUUUCCACUGCUCUUGUUGACAUGUACAUGAAGUGUUCAUGUUAUACCGAAGCAAUAGAUAUCUUCAAUGGAAUGCCGAAGAAAGAUGUGGUCUCGUGGGCUGCUGUCAUAGGUGGCUAUGCCCAAAAUGGUAUGGCCAAUGAGGCACUGAAAGUGUUCCAGGACAUGUUAUCGGAUGGACCUAAUCCUGAUGCCGUCACAAUGGUGAAGGUCCUGACAGCAAGUUCGCUGUUAGGAGUUCUACGCCAUGCUGUUUGUCUCCAUUGCUACUUGAUCAAAAGUGGUUUCGACAAUAAGGUCUUCGUUGGUGCAGCGCUCGUAGAUUUGUACUCCAAGUCUGGCAGCUUGGGUAAUGCUGUCCAAGUGUUCGAAACAGUGAGUGAGAAGGAUGCGGUGCUCUGGAGUUCUAUGAUAGCUGCAUAUGGAAUGCACGGUCUUGGAACGAAGGCAAUUGCGACGUUUGAGCGUAUGAUUCAGUCAUCGAUUACACCCAGUGCUGUCACAUUCAUGACGUUAUUGUCUGCCUGCAGCCAUGCUGGUUUGGUUGAGCAAGGGAGAAGGAUAUUUGAUAGCAUGAGCCAUGUUUACGGGGUCACACCUACUUCAGAGCAUUGUGGUAUCAUGGUUGAUCUCCUCGGGCGAACUGGAGAGUUGGAAGAAGCCUUCAGGCUCAUUGAACGCAUGCCAGGCCCUGUUGACCCUCACGUUUGGUGUGCAUUGCUUGCUGGUUGUGCAAUCCACCACGACAUCGACAUGGGAGAGAUGGCAGCACGGAUCCUACUAAAACAAGAGGCCGAGCAUGCUGGAUACUAUAACCUUCUCUCGAAUAUCUAUGCUUUUGAUGGGAAGUGGGAUCAAAUGGUGGGGGUUAAGAAACUGAUGAUGGACAGAGGGUUAAGGAAAACACCAGCAUAUAGUUCAGUUGAGGUGAAUAAUGAGGUUCACGCUUUCUUAGCUGGUGAGGGGCUCCAUCAAGGAUAGGAGAGGAUCUGCAGAUUAUUGAGAGAAUUGACAGUGAAGACGAGGGAGGAAGGUUAUUUUCCUGAAAGACACAUUCCAAGCAGAAUCCACAAUAAGAUCAUUAAGCUUCUCAACAUUGCAAAACGUCGAGAGGAUAUAAGUCGAAGAGCCAUUGCCAAUAUGCUGGAAAAAACCCUUCAGGAAGAUGCUCAAAGGCAUCGAGGAAAAGCUCCCAACUACAGCUAGUGUUUCUUUUCUGAGACUAAUCGAUCUUAUUAGUCGCAUUAGCAGCAUAAGCGCGCGACGACAUGACGCAACCUUCUCAUGUGAACUUAGUGGGCCUCAAGCAGCUUGAAGGACGUGAGCCUCCUGAAGUGCUCCCAUGUCUUCUCCCAAACCACCGCCUCGUACUCUGACACCACGCCGACACCGCCGUCUUUGGCCUCGAUCACCAGCUUGUAGUUGAUCCCCGCCACCACCUGGGUCUCGCCUUUAACCACCUUGCACAGAGUAAGAUUGGUCCCGGCCUCAUGGUUGUGCUCGGCGACGGCGAACUCUGCAAUCUCACCGACGUCGGGGUCGCUGAUGUUCUUGAUCGGGGUCCAGCCGCCGACGAUCACCUUUGUGAGAUGAGACAAAGGGGGAGUGAGGAUGAGAAGACAAACGUCACAUAUUAGGCAGAGAGAGGUCGACUAAGAAAUUGGGAUAGAUGAAAUCAUAUAAGGAAUCAGAGAUGAGUCGAGUUUUUGUCUCAGGAGUGUUGACUUUUAACUGCGUAGGAUGUGAGAUCAGAUUGGUGCACUUCUCCUUGUCUGUUGACUCGAAGCUAUUAGUGACAUAAAGGAAAUAACGAUGCAAAAAGCUUCAUGCA